AUGCCGAGGGACGUCGCCGGCGCAACCCUCAUGGCGGUCAACAUCCCGGGCAUCGUGAUGGGCACCAUCGUGCUCUCCUCCGGCACCUCCGUCCCCGACUCGCUUUCCUCCAUGGUCGUCGCGCGCAAGGGCGAGGGCGACAUGGCCGUCGCAAGUGCCAUCGCAAACGUGCUCGGCGUCCAACGUGCCGGGCGCCCCCCCCCCCCCCCGUGCCUGGGGCACAAGAGCACAACACACAACGCCCCCGCCCAGACCCUCGCCAUCACCAAGUUCCCGGUGCUGUGCGACUUCUCCUUCUGCAUCCUCUCCGUCAUCCUCCUCUUCUUCCUCUUCUUCGUCGCUUCGACCAGAAGAUCGUCCGGCACGAGUUCCAGGACGUUGGGGAAGACGAGGGAUGUAGAGCCGCCCGUUGUGCUUUGCGACCGCCCGGAGGGUGAUGUCAUCUCCCGCGUAAACUGGGAUCCGCUUGGCCCUCGCCUCAGCUUCGGCAACGUCGCCCAGCGAAGAGAGCGAACGGUCGGCCUGGCGCUUGCUUGGGCGCUUCGAGUGGGCGGGCUCGAGCAGGGUUGCCGCGUCCAGUCCACGCGCGUCGGCUGCAUCCUCAACAUCCCGGGCAUCGUGAUGUGCACCAUCGUGCUCUCCUCCGGCACCUCCGUCCCCGACUCGCUCUCCUCCAUCGUCGUCGCGCGCAAGGGCGAGGGCGACAUGGCCAUCGCCAUCGCAAAUACCCUCGCCAUCACCAAGUUCCCGGUGCUGUGCGACUUCUCCUUCUGCAUCCUCUCCGUCAUCCUCCUCUUCUUCCUCUUCUUCGUCGCUCUCGACCAGAAGAUCGUCCGGCACGAGUUCCAGGCGCGUACUGCACUGCCCACCUGGAUGGGCUAGCCGCAACCUCCUAUCCUUCGCUGGUCGUGGCGGUCCGCUGCAUGAGGGCCGCCCUUAUCACCGGUCCGCCGCACACCAACCUCUUGAGUUUCCGUGGCGCCCCCUUUUCUGCCCGGGCUCGGCGUGACUCCGGCCCCCACUCCUCGUUUGUGACGCUCGCAGAGGAUUGUCCACCGUCCUCCCAUACCUCCACUUCGCACCAUCCGCCCGCGCCUCUUUCCCUCACCGUUGCGAGGCUCGGUGCUCCGGUCUCUUCUUGCGUUGUUGCCCUGAGCAAACAUCCAUCGCUUCCAUCCAUCGCAAACAUCCAUCGCGGCGCGAAGCCGAAGGCGCUAAACUACCUCAACUCUGGCACAGUCCUCGAGCAUGCUCAGUCAGGGCUCCUCGCGGCAUAUUUUGGCCCCUCGAGUUGGGUGCAUCGUGACAGCUGACGACGGGAUUACCACUGGUGUUUCGUCCUCCUCGGGUUCGUCUUCCCCGGCUUCCUUCCGUUCGGCUCUACGUUCAGUACGUUCAGCGUGGUUCACCCUCCAUGCUGUGAACAGACGCUUUAUCCAUCCUAUAUUCUUCUCUCGUUCCUCCUCUGCCCUUGCCUUGGUCUUGUCGUUGUUUCGCACCCAUGUCUGUAUGGCGAUCGAGGCUGCCUUCCCCACUACCUGUAGUUCUCUCGAAUGACCGAUGCUC